AUGUCGACGGCUUACGCCACCGUCAACUCUGGUCGCGCUGGCGGCGUAGCUGGUGGAAUGCGGUUACGAUCUAGGCCCCUCCAGCUCGCCAUCCUCGUCGGCAUUGCCUUCCUCAUCGGAUUGCCGCUGAUGGCCGGCAGCGACCGACGUGACAAAGUGCGCGAAUACAUUGCCAAGACUGCCCUCGGAGGCUCCUCUCUCGUCCACCCGUCCAUGGCGACACACAUCGCCCCUCCAUCUGGUGGUAUCCCAGACUCGGAUGGAGUCCCACUCACCCUCGAGGCCCGCCUCAUCGACCUCAUGCACAGGCCGGCGUUGGACCAGUACGAGGCCGAGCUGCCUAACCGCUACUCAUGCCCAAUGUUCACGUACGCGCGCAACACCUAUUUCUUCCACGAGGGCAAGGACGAUUACUGGCACAGUAUUACAAAGGACGACGUACGGAGGUAUCGCCAGAAGAUGGUCGACUACUUCCGCGAGUUGGACCGCAAGAACGUUCCCCUCGUAUGGGACCCGAGUAUGGAGAAGGGCACGCCGCGUAAUCAGCGCCGUGGAAUCAUCUACACUGGCUCUGGGAUGGGCAAGGACCUCGCUCGUAUGAGCGUCAGCCUCCACUUCCUCCGCAAUAUCGUCAAGAGCAAACUCCCCGUUGAGAUCUACCACUACCCGGGAGAGUUUGACAACUCGACUGCGCGCGAGGAACUCACGAACAAAUACGACGUCGAUAUUCGCGAGGUGUCAGUGCGCAAGACGGAUGGUAAGACGUGGCUUAUCAAGAACACUGCUUUUAUCGAGUCCAAGUUUACGCAGUUUGUCUACAUGGACAGUGACAACUACCCUCUCGCCGACCCGGAGGAGCUCUUCGAAUCUGUCGAGUUCAAGCAAUCUGGCUCGACCUUCUGGGCCGACUUAAACAAAGACCACCCCGACAAUGCGAUCUGGCGCGUCCUCGGUCGCACCUGCAGCGACGAGCAGUGGCCAGCCGAGUCGGGCCAGGUGAUUUUCGACAAGAGUGCGAACAACGGCCUCAACCUCGCCGUCCUCCAUCUCUCAAGCCACAUGAUGGACAACAACGAUAUCUACGGCCACUUGAGUUACGGUGACAAGGACACCUAUCGCUACGCAUUCUACGCCCUCGGCCUGCCGUACCAACAAGCUCCGCGUCUCUUCGCCUCGGUCGGCGGAUACCAGCGACAGGACGCUACUUCGUCUCCCGACUAUUUCUGCGGCCACUCCAUGAUCCAAUGGGGUCUUACCCCUCCCAGCGAGAAACACAACCCAGAGUACCACCCCAAGCCGGCGUUCCUCCACACCAUCCUCCUGAAGCAUCGGUACGGCCUGCAGCCAGACAAGCUGUUCAGCCACACGAAGCGCCCCCGCCGCGACUUUAUCCUCGAUCCUCGCCUCGUGCGCACGCUGUACGAGUUUACGGGCGACUGCUUUGCCAUUACUCUCAAGGGGCCGGAUGGGAUGCCGGGAGAGCCUAAUUCGGUUCUGGAUGGGCAGGGCACGAUUAUUGAGACGACCGAGGACGUACUUAGUCGUAAUCCUGGCGUCUGGAAUGAGUUGGCCGAAGUGGCUGCCUUUCUCGCUGGCCUCAAUAUCCCCGGCACCUAG